GCGCUGCCAUGUCAGUUCGACACCUUCCUGUAAUCAUAUCCUUUCACUGCUCAGUUUCUCACCGACCAGUCUUUCCACCUCCGAUUCUCUUCUGUCUCUGAGCUCUAAGGAAUGGAGUUGUUGGCACUCUUCAUAACGGCGACGAAACUCGCCGGCGUCUUGGUAACCGUGACUGUCGCUGCCAACGGUUUCUCUUUCUCCCGUUACCGCAGAAAGCAUCUUCGCCCAUUCAAAUCUCCCAUCGAUGAAUCCUCCGACACACUCGCCGUUUUCAAUAUCAAUGCGGGGGAAGAUGGGUUUUUCUUUGGAUUGGCAACAGCACCCGCACAUGUUGAAGACAGGCUGAAUGAUGCCUGGCUUCAGUUUGCAGAAGAACACCCUUGUGACAAUUCAGAAUCACAGCAGGGUCUGAUCCCUGUAGAUGCAGUAGUUGGUUCUGCUGCUGCUGAUGGUGGUUCUCAUCCAGCUCAAUUAAGUGGAAAAGAGGCUAGGAAAACAACUAGGAAGAAGAAGAAGAAGAAGCCUCUUAAGGUAUCUAUGGAAGCCAUGAUAAGAGGGUUUCAGAAGUUUGAAGAAGAAGAAGUUGAAGAAGAAGUUCCUGAACCAAAUGAGGAAUGUCAUCACAGUGUUGCUGCAUGGCACAAUGUUCCCCAUCCGGAGGAGAGGGUAAGAUUCUGGUCUGAUCCUGAUACAGAGCUGAAGCUGGCUAAAGAAACUGGUAUUAGUGUCUUCAGAAUGGGAAUAGAUUGGUCUCGAAUCAUGCCAGAAGAGCCCGUUAAUGGGCUCAAGGAUACUGUAAAUUACGCAGCAUUAGAACGAUAUAAGUGGAUCAUCCACAGGGUUCACUCUUAUGGAAUGAAGGUGAUGCUGACUUUGUUUCAUCACUCAUUGCCACCAUGGGCUGGAGAUUAUGGUGGAUGGAAGCUGGAGAAAACUGUUGAUUACUUCAUGGAUUUUACCAGGCUGGUUGUUGACAGUGUAUCAGAUAUGGUAGACUACUGGGUAACUUUCAAUGAACCUCAUGUCUUUUGUAUGCUUACAUAUUGUGCUGGUGCUUGGCCUGGUGGUCAUCCUGAUAUGCUAGAGGUCGCCACUUCUGCUCUACCAACUGGUGUUUUCAACCAGGCCAUGCAUUGGAUGGCUAUUGCACAUUCAAAAGCUUAUGACUAUAUCCAUACGAAAAGCAGCAUGCUGUCAAACAGAAUAGUUGGGGUAGCACACCAUGUAUCAUUUAUGCGGCCAUAUGGUCUCUUUGAUGUUGCAGCUGUUACGCUUGCCAAUUCUCUUACCCUUUUCCCAUACGUGGAUAGUAUCUGUGAUAAGCUGGAUUUUAUAGGCAUAAACUACUAUGGACAGGAAGUGGCCUCUGGUGCUGGACUGAAGCUGGUGGAGACUGAUGAGUAUAGUGAAUCUGGCCGAGGAGUUUAUCCUGAUGGCCUGUACAGGAUGCUGAUUUAGUUCCAUGAAAGAUACAAGCAUCUUAAUAUACCUUUUAUUAUUACUGAGAAUGGAGUUUCUGACGAGACAGAUCUGAUCCGUCGCCCAUAUAUGCUGGAGCAUUUACUUGCUAUCUAUGCUGCCAUGACCAUGGUUUGUGUGUAAAUUUUAAUUAUUCUGAAACUUUGACUGUUCAUAAAUUAGUUAGUACAUAUCUACCAGCAUCAGGUGUUACAUCCUGCUAUUGUCGAACAUAGGGAGUCCCUGUGCUUGGUUACCUCUUUUGGACCAUUUCUGAUAAUUGGGAGUGGGCUGAUGGCUAUGGCCCCAAGUUUGGACUUGUAGCUGUUGAUCGUGCCAAUAAUCUUGGUCGAAUCAAACGUCCUUCAUACCACCUAUUUUCCAAGGUGGUAACCUCAGGUAUUGUUAAACGUGAAGUAAGGGAUCAGGCAUGGAAUGAACUUCAACAGGCUGCGAAAGAGAAGAAAACACGGCCCUUCUAUCGAGCAGUUAAUAAACAUGGUUUAAUGUAUGCAGGUAAUGGAAGCUGCCCUGUUUCCUUUGUUCCAAAUUACCUACUAAUCUCCUCACAAAAUUUCAUUCUUGGCAGUCAUUCUUGUGUUGUUUGCAUCCAAAGUUAAGAUAAUCUAUGGUUAGCCAAUUGGUGCUAAGUUGUAGGAUCCCCCUCUCAGGGCUUGUUCUCUCUCAAUGGUCAAUUCUACGACCCUAAACAACCACAACUCAUUAUGGAUAUCUUUUUCAAAAUAAGGCCAGACACAAGUUGGAAUAUACCUAGAGUUAUUAA